GGCCCAUUGUUCUGAAACGAGGCCAUUACCUUCCUUGUGCUGAUCUGUAGGUGAAGACCAGCAGUAAUCUUCUGCUCGGUUCAUCGGAGAACGACGGGUAUGGCGCAGAGGCCUCUCGUUUCCACUCCCACCCUCGUUUUUCUCGCCUUCCGAACCCUAAUUCACACCUAAACUCUUUUCUGUGUUUCCAUGGACUCCGAUCAAGACAAUAAAGUCUCUCAAUUCUCCGAGGACGAGCUGAGAUUGGGUUACCUAAGUUUGGAGGACUCCCGCAAUGGGCGUGAGAAGGUACGUCUUGAAAGUAAUGGUUCUCUGCCGGCAGAAUUUUAUGACGCUGGGGAUGAUGUGAAGUCGGAGAAUGUGGAGGUCUCGCCGCCGGCUGUGGUUGCGUUCGGAGAGGAGGGAUCUUCCCAAGGCGAAAUUGGAUUGAUAGAUGGAUCGGAGAUGGAGGGAGAGGCGCUGCCUAGUCCUAGCAGUAGUGGAUACGCAGGUGAGAGAGGAAGCAGUGGCGGCUCUACCGGAAUCGGAGAAGAGGUGGAUGCCAGUGGGAGUGGGCUGCACGAUGCUUGGGAUAAGGAGAACCGGCGUCAUUAUGAGGAUGAUUCAUCUGUUUCUUGGAGAAAACGAAGGAAACAUUUUUUUGUGUUGAGUCACUCUGGGAAGCCAAUAUAUUCUAGGUAUGGCGAUGAACAUAAGCUUGCAGGAUUCUCAGCAACCUUGCAAGCCAUCAUUUCAUUCGUUGAGAAUGGAGGUGAUCGUCUGAAAUUUGUAAGGGCUGGAAGACAUCAGGUAGUAUUUCUUGUGAAAGGCCCUAUAUAUUUGGUCUGUAUUAGCUGUACUGAAGAGCCAUAUGAAGCAUUAAGCGGUCAAUUAGAGCUUCUCUAUGAGCAGAUGCUGGUUAUAUUGACAAAGUCAAUUGACAGAUGCUUUGAGAAGAAUCCAAAGUUCGAUAUGACCCCAUUAUUGGGAGGGACUGAUACUGUUUUCUCCUCUUUGAUUCACUCAUUCAACUGGAAUCCUGCCACAUUUCUCCAUGCAUACACUUGCCUUCCGCUUGCUUAUUCCACCAGACAAGCUGCUGGUGCUAUAUUGCAGGAUGUUGCCGACUCUGGGGUUCUAUUUGCAAUAUUGAUGUGCAGGCAUAAAGUUGUUAGUCUUGUUGGAGCUCAAAAAGCAUCUCUUCAUCCCGAUGACAUGCUCUUACUUUCAAAUUUUAUAUUGUCUACGGAGUCAUUCAGGACAUCCGAGUCUUUCUCACCAAUUUGCUUACCUCAUUACAAUUCUAUGGCGUUCCUUUAUGCUUACGUUAAUUAUCUGGAUGUUGAUACAUACUUGGCAUUGCUUAGUACUAAUUCAGACGGCUUCUACCAUCUAAAAGAGUGCAGGAUUCAGAUUGAAUCUGUGCUUGUUAAGUCAAACGUUCUUGGAGAAGUUCAGAAAUCACUAUUGGAUGGUGGACUUCAUGUUGAGGACCUUCCAGUUGAUUCAUCUAUUCAAUCUGGGUCGCCAUCUCCACAUCUAGAUCAGGGCAGACCUGCAUCUUUGUCUGGCAUUGGUGGGCCAGCAGGACUUUGGAAUUUUAUUUAUCGGAGUAUCAAUCUUAACCAAUAUGUCUCGUCAGAGUUCUCCUCGCCCUUAAAUAGUUCCCGACUACGCAAAGGAUUGUACAGGGCUUAUCAGAAGCUGUAUGAAUCCAUGCAUGAUAGACCUAUUGGUCCACAUAAAACUCAGUUCAGAAGAGAUGAAAAUUAUGUAUUACUUUGUUGGAUCACUCAAGAUUUUGAACUCUAUGCAGCUUUUGACCCUCUUGCUGACAAGGGCAAUGCCUGUGUUUUGACAAUAAUGCAGGCACUGGCAAUAAAGACUUGCAAUCGGGUAUGUCAAUGGGUGAGGGAUUUGGAGAACGAGAUAUUUCUGUUUGGAGGAAGCCCUUUCUCUUGGUGACAUUAUCCACUCAGGAAAAAAUAGCAAAUAGUCUGCAGCCUCUCCCCACCAGAAUAUUCUCUCUCGGAAGGCUUUCUAAACUGACGAUUGAAGUAGAACCAUAGCUACUAAAUUCAUAUAGGAUAUUUUCCCAGCAUGGACCAAUGAGACAGGGAAGACAAAUAAAAACUUGAAAUUACGUUUUUGGAUGCAGAACAACAGGGCUUUAAUUUAAUUAAAUGGAAAAAAAAAUUAUUGUUCAGAUUUCUUAAUUUUGGCAUGUAACUGUUCUAUUUCCCAUAUUGCUUGGAGUCCAUGUAGACCUCUCUUACAUGUCUGUUAAGGGGAUAACAUCACUCA